CAGGUUAUGUCAUAAAAUUAAUGAGGUUAACUUGCUUCAGAAAAUAGAGAAUAACAAAUAUUAAUUAAUGUUCCGUUAAUACAAAAUUAUGGCAUUAAUACAAGGGAAAUUGGGUGACAUACCACAAGAUGCGGUUAUUCUAUCCGAAAAAGAAGCAUUAGAUUACCAAACGAAAAUUUUGAGUAAAUGGAAGAAUUCAUCUGAUACUUUUGGCUUCAAGUACGGAUCUUCUGUUCUAGUUGGUAGUACAGUUUUGACUGGAUUGUACCUAAAUAAUUUUCUUCGAGGAAAGCUGAAGUUAUUGCACUAUGGUAGAGCAUCAUCAUAUUUACCUAUUUGUGUGAUUCCCAGUGCUGUGGGUUUUCUGCUUCACACAGAAAUGGUUUUAAAGGAUGUGAUCCUUCAAAAAACAGGUACCUGUCCUAUUUGUUUGGAGUUAAGAUCAGCAGCAAUUCAAGCUGGGUGUGGUUUCAUUUUUCCCUUCAUUUCUGCGUCAUUAUCUAAUUUAUUGUUGGCAAAUAAAUAUGUAACAGCAAGACUACCAUCUUUAAUCAAUGAACCAGGAGCAGUCUUCAAGUUUAUGGUUACAAAAAUGAAGCCUAUACAGAAUAUCUUAUUUGCAAUGUUUGUUGGUCAGGCACUUUUGGGGUCUGCAGUAACAUACUUUGAGGCUAAAUCUGUUUACACAGUAAAUGAAAAAUUGGCAAAACUAGAGUAUGAUUUGGAACAUAAACAUUAACAGUUUUAAGUAGAAUGACAAAUGAUUUAGUCAUAAUAGAAAUUUUCGUUAUAAA